ACCGCUACGUUUUUCUCCCACACGGAGGCUGGCAUCGGGCUACCUUCGGCACCGGGAAACUCCGUUCGGGCUGUUCGGUGGUUUCGGGAUCGGGUCGACCUCCCUCCCGCCGUAAUGCUUGCCGGGGCGAACUCGUUAGUUUCGACGUGUCGCUCGUUCCGGGCGGAUGUGUUUUGUGUGUGCUGCGCGGUUUCCCGGUGUGUGCUCUCGUGUGUACGCGGUGGUGCUGUGCGUUUUACGUUGUCUACGCCAUUUCGACGGUGUUGUUUGCAAUGGUACACGCGGACGAGUUGCCCUAGGUUUGGGCACUGCUCGGUACAGCGAAAAGUGAGUGUUCCGGCGAGGUUAAGAGAAGGGAAAAUGAGAAAGUGAAAAGAAGAGAGUGAGAGAGAGAGAAAAAACAAAUACUACUAUCAUAAUAAUAUUCAUGGCAGAUUGUGAGUGUGGUACUAAAUAACAGGGCGAAAAAAGUUCGAGUGAAAGUGAAAGAAGAAAUAAUUCGGAGAAAAAAUCUGUCAGCCCGCACAGACAAGCAAGUGGAAAGCGUUUUUCGCGUUUUAUUCCCUUCCCAUCGCUUCGAAUGCAACUAGAACGUUUGAAUAAAAACGAUCAUCGUUAAGAAGAGAGAAAAAACGGCUCAAAACAUACGAAAAAGUUCCUCCCCAAACUCAAUGUGCCGUACGACACACCAAGACCGGAGAGCGGGGAACCCACGAAGUGUUGCCCCAAAAAAAGGGGGAAGUUAAAAUCUAGUCACAGUGAAAACAAUGGCCGUGCCAGUGCACGAGCAGUACAGCAGCGGGAACCAUCGCGGGCCAUCCGCCAGUGGCACGUGGGUUGGCAAUGGGCGGCAGCGAAUGUCCAACGGCACCCCCGGCGUAGAGCUGUUGCUAGGCGCAGUGAAAACCAUCAUCUGAAAAUUCGUCGGUCGCCAAACAAAACGCAAAACACGGCAAACGCGGCCAGCUCCCACCUGCGCUCAUACCCCAUCCACCCGAUCGUCCUAAGCAACAGCGCGGGGAAUAGGCAAAAAAAGAAACGCAAAACAAAAAACGACCACAAAAAGAAAAGUCGUCACUGUUUGUUAGUGUUUUUAGUGAUUAUUUCCCAUCCGAUUGCCGACCGCCGUCUCGCUGUGGCGAUCGCCGGAAGAAGAAGUACACACGCUACACGCUCCUGCAUCUUCCGCCGAGAACGCUCGAGAAGAUAGGGUUAAACCCUUCGAGCGUUGCCUGGCUAGGCUUAAAAGUUGGCUACCCCAUGUUUGCCCGUACCCGCCAUUAAAGUGCAACGGUGUUUGUGAUUGUGUAGCUCUGGUGUGAUUGUGUGUGAGUGUUUCUGUGUGUGAUUGUGUCCAGAAGAAGCAACAAAAAAAGGCGUUUAAGCGUGAUUCUUUUUUUUGGGGUUUUGCACCAAGUGCAGAAGUGUUUCUAUCGUGUCAGUGUACCGCAGUGUGUGCGUGUGUUUGUGUGGUGCUUCAGAUUUUUCCCCAAUUUCAGUUCGGUGGAAUUACCGCGCGGUUGCAUUGGUUUUUUUUCUACUUCCCACGAGCUUUUCCGUUUGGUUGUUAUUGGUGCAAAAGUUGUGUUUUUUCCAAGCCACCUCCUUCUCUACAGUGCUUCCUUUAGUUUAGGCAGUAUCCGCAAUCCCACUUCCGGUCAGCACGGUUGUCGUCGUCGUCAGCCAUCGUCUCCCCAGUGAGGACCGGUAGAAUUAUUCGUAGUGGAGAAACGUCCAGUUUGUUUUUUGUUGCUCUCAUCUGGGAUAGAGAUUCUGCUGAUGCUUCCCAGUACCCAUCUGUGACUCCAUUUCCAUUUUCCCGUAUUUCGACCCGAUUAUUUGCAUUCCGCACUCCUUCCUAUCCUCAUGCACCCUCACGAAAGGUCAGUCCGCGUUCCACGGUGAAUGAAUUUUGCGCGGCGUGUGACAUUUUUUGGCGUACACGACGAUCACCACACGGAAUUUGAGUCACAGUUUACGAGUAUCAUCAUCAUCAUCAUCAUCUGCGCCCUUUAGCUGGCUGGCUGGGUGGUGGUAGGAGGAGAACAAAAAAAGUUUCGGGAAAAACUAUCUUCUGUACAGACACACCAAAGCAGGCGGAAGGCAAAAAAGCAUCAUGGAGAUUAUUAAAAUAACAGUUUUGCUGCUGUGGAGCGUCGCAUCAAGCAUGCUGGGAUUAGCGAAAGCCAAACAAUCACAUAUGCACGAGAAUCCGUCGGAUUUCAAUACCGAAGCGAGCUUUCCGCGGUUUGCUGAGCCGAUCCCGAACAUAACGGUCACGAUAGGGCGUGACGCACUGCUGGCCUGCGUGGUGGAUAAUCUAAAAGGAUACAAGGUGGCCUGGGUGCGGGUAGACACGCAAACCAUCCUCUCGAUACACCACAACGUGAUAACGCAGAACCCACGCAUUAGCCUCACCUAUAACGACCACCGGUCUUGGUACCUGCACAUCCGGGAGGUGGAGGAGAGCGACCGGGGCUGGUACAUGUGCCAGGUCAACACCGAUCCCAUGAGAUCUCGCAAGGGCUACUUACAGGUUGUGGUUCCUCCCGCAAUCAUUGAAUCGAUGACCAGCAACGAUAUGGUCGUGCGCGAAGGUACCAACGUAACGCUCAACUGCAAGGCGAAGGGGUUCCCCGAGCCGUACGUGAUGUGGCGGCGGGAGGAUGGUGACGAGAUGGCCAUCAGUGGAGAAAAUGUAAAUGUCGUUGAUGGUGAAAUACUACACAUAACCAAGGUCAGCAGACUCCACAUGGCGGCGUACCUGUGCGUUGCAUCGAACGGCGUCCCACCGUCCAUCAGCAAGCGAGUGCAACUCAGGGUACAGUUUCCACCGAUGCUGUCGAUACCGAACCAGCUCGAGGGAGCUUACGUCGGCCAGGAUGUCGUGCUCGAGUGUCACACGGAGGCGUACCCAGCAUCAAUCAAUUACUGGACGACGGAGCGAGGCGAUAUGAUAAUAUCCGAUACCUCCCGCACGGGCGAUAAGUUCGAAACGAUGUCCCGCAACACCGGCUACACGAAGUAUAUGAGCCUGAAGAUUCGCAACGUCGGACCGGCGGAUUUUGGCUCGUACCGAUGCGUGGCGAAAAACUCAUUAGGCGAAACCGACGGACUAAUCAAAUUGGACGAAAUACCGGCCCCGACGACAAUAUUGACAACCGAAUCACUUUAUAACAAUCGAUCAAAAGGACGGAAAGCAAACAAAAAGCAUGACCCGAUGAUGGUUGGUGACUACGGAGUGGAAGAGUGGAAGGAAAAUGGACCUUCGAUACGACAUCCACCGGGAGCAUUCCACAACGGUGCAGUCUGCCCGACUGCACAUACCGUCACGGUUUGCUGCGGCGUACUCUUCCUGCUACACUGCCUAGUAUCGGCACUGACAUCGCAGCUUCAAUACCAACGCAGCCAGCCGAGAUGAAAGUGAGACUCCACACGCUCCAUUGGCUGGAACGGUUGCAGGGACGUGCAGCGAGCGGCAUGCUUUUACGCAAACGAUGGCAACGGUCAGCCGUACGAACGGAAACUCCGGUAGAUUAUAAAUCGUAGCACCGGGAGGGAGAAGUGAAACCAAACGAAACCAACCGAGUAAGUGAGUAGGGAGUUGCGUAGUGGACAUUCCAGAACAAAACAACAAACAUAAAUAUAAAAAAAAUAAAAUUAAAAUCCAAUCCCUUACAAAGGGAUUGUGGGACGUGGUGUAGGAAAUGGUAGCUGUAAGUAUAACCGUAACGCACCCGGCACGCGUUCAUGUUGUGAGUGUGCAUAGAAGACCAUUUUUUCUAUGCAUUUAAAACACGAACGUAACAUGCCGGAUGAAGCUGUAGUGUUGAUUGAUUUACAAUGGUUAAGUUUAAGUCAGCUGGUAGCUGUAAAGGAUAUAAGUCGUAGGAAACAAAAACAGAAGAAAAACGAGAAAAACAAACGGACUGUGUUGCUGAAACACACCUUGUAAAUAUAUUACUAUCAGAGUAGUUUCAUAUGGUAUGCGGAAGAGAGCUUCACUCAAGCUUCUGUGGAGUUAUGACGUUCGGGUUGGGUUGAUUGGAUGGAGCUCAUUGGCAAGGAAGUGUCGUGAAGGUUAUCUGAAAAGUAAUUUUCGUCAAUUUGUAACCAUCUUAUAUGAAAAUCGGAUGAGAUUCACAAUAAUGGUGUCUUUAAGCGGAUAUUAUUGACAAAAUUGAGUAAUUUAAUAAUCAUAAUUAAGAAUAGUUUUGUGAGGCUUUUAAGCUACUAUUUUUUUAUAAUUUUUGCACGAUAUUUCAACAACAGUAUUUUUUCAUUUAUUUUAAGCACAUUUUUUCUAAUUUCUAAGCCCAUUUUGUUUAUCACAAAACUAAUAUAUAAGAAAUGUUUGCUGUGCAACAUCAGUGAAACAUACAUUCAGUUCGUGCAAAGCAAUAAAUUCGAUUCUAGUGUUGCUAUGCCCUUGCAACGAGCCUAGUUACAUUGAAAAGGCUAACCAAUAUGCUAGAAAUGAUUUUCCCCGUCAUACAAUUUUCAUCAUUACGCAGCAACUCAUAUGGCAACGAUCCUUAUGCGUAUCGGUUGAUGAUUAUUUAAUUGAUUUCACUGGGAAAAUGUUCCACUUUAUAUACCAAAUGAACAACUUCCCACUAGGGGUAAGGGAAGUGAAUGCUCUCGGGGAACGUUCAAUGCGGUCUAAAACACACUCGAAAGAGACGAAGCGCCGUUAGAUGCUUUUGAUUAUGACAAAAUGUACGCAUGGUGCUUUACACAGUACACGACAGUUUUAAGGAUCUCAUCAAAGAAGGUCACAUUAGCAAGCGGUUUGGUGCAACUCGUCAUACAAUAAUCAGUAGACUAUUCCGCGAGCAAACUGUGCCCUAUUUCUGCUAAAUGGCCGCAACGACCAUUGCGCAAAAUUUGUAUUGCAGCUACGCUAGCGACAAAAAAAAACAGCUUUCUAAUGAAUGUGCACAAAAUAAUUGGAAACGCAUUGACAAAUUCAAGAGCGCUAGAGCAACCGAACAUUAUGAUUUUCUGCUCAGGCACUCACAUUUUGGCUCGCGAGCAAACUUGCCCAGAUGCCCUUGCUAGAAAUCGAAUUACAUCAAUCAAUCGAAUUGCAUUCGUUUCCCGCAGCAUGCUGGGUCCUUCCGGACGCGCGCUCUAAGAUACUUACGCUUAAUGGAUACUUAUUUCAGAACUAAACAUCGUUUUCCACUUGCACUCGUAGGAAAAUUAAUUUCGU